AUGUUUUUGUUCGUAGCUUUGACAAGCGUCUUGAUUGUUUCUUGCAGUGGCGCUGACUCUGUACAGGCCGUCGUCGCCCCAGCUGGUCCUGGAAAUUGUCUGCACAGAAAUACCUAUAUUAAACAAGACGGCCAAUGUGAUACUUAUAUAGAAUGCAAAAACUAUGUCGCUGUCCAAAUGUCAUGUCCUGAUGGUCUUCACUACAACCCGGAUGUUAAAUGGCCAAAUUAUCCUUGUGAAUAUCCAAUGGACGAUACAUGCAUAGGCGUAACUCAGGCCCCGAAUCCUACACCUGACUGCCCACACCAGUAUGGAUACUUCCCGUCUCCCUCAGCCGCGUCUAGUGACUGCGGACAGUAUCGGUUUUGUAUGGAUGGAAAAGCCAUCGAGAUGGAAUGUCCAUCUGGCUUGGCUUUUAAUCCGGCCACAAGCCGAUGCGACUGGCCUAACCUAGUACCUUCUUGUAACGUUGAAGCUUUCCUGGGCUUCAAGUGCCCUGCUGCCACUUAUGAUGACGAGGGCAACGCUUUAGUAACAAAUCACAGGUACCCCAGCAACUGUUAUGCCUUCUACUCUUGUCAAGCGGGUGAUCUUCCUCGCCUGCUGUCCUGCGACCCUGGAACGGCUUUCGACGAAGCCUCUGGUCGGUGUAUAAAUGCUGACAAGGUUACUUGCAGCAAUGGCGUUGCUCCUGUACCCCAUUAA